CCUCCCCUGUUUUUUUUUUUUUUUCAGUAACAGUAUGGAAUAAUUUUUUCAGCUAUAUCUAUCACAUUACUCUAUUAAUACACAUACAGAAAUUAAACAUGUGCAUGAAUAAUUUUUUCUGCUAUAUCUAUCACAUUACUCUAUUAAUACACAUACAGAAAUUAAACAUGUGCAUGAAAUAUCAGGGUGAACGUGACAUGAAUCCUGGUAUAUCCUUAAAAAAGAAAAGAAAGAAAAAAAAAAAAACAUUCCCAAAUAAGGGUUACUUUUGCAACAAGCUGAACAAGUACAUUUUCCCCAGGUACUGAGAGACUCCUUCCCUACACAUACACACACACACACAUUCGGGCACAGGUGUUCCUAUGAUCAAGAUUCGCGCCAGUACAACACUUGAAAUAUUGCCUGUUCAUAAUACACAUACGUAGUCGCCAGGAAGCUCUUCAGCAUUUCCUUAUACGAUUCAAGGCCACGAUCAGAAUCUACCUUAUUUGGACACCCACCCGCGAGAUGAAUCGUUUACAGCAUCGGAAUAAACAUAUCAAUUCAUCAGACGAUUUCUGUGACAGGUUGACACGCAGGCUAUUAAUAUCGACGAGAUUUUAUUUCGAGAAGCGACAAAUUGCCAAAUAAAUUAUCAUAUGACGCACUCUCACUCGCGACCUGGAGCCUUAUCUCCACGCUGUUAAGUGUGCGCUAAAAUCACACUUCCUCUGAUAAGACGAAGGGGGCGACACGCGAGGCCCCGGCCCUGAUUCGUGCAGACGAAAGCACGAAAUGGAAACCCUACGAAUUGAAAGCAACACCAAAGAAUGAUAAAUAAAAGCAGUAUAUGGCAUUCUCUCCCCCUCUCUCUCCCUCCAAGGCCACAUAUCAGUCCCACAGGAAGGACUUCAAGACCUUCGAGUUGCGCAACACUUGUGAGUCGCUGAGUUUGGCUCACGUGUUGUAUAAUGACGGUUUUCCGCAACUUUUCGCCGACUUUCCCGUAAUGUAUAGUGGGAUAUUCGCGGUGACUCAUGUGUUGGGGUUCGUGUCGUUUUAUGGAUGAUGGAGGUGUUUUUUGUUGGAGAAUGAGUAAGUCGUGUCUAGUUUUAGGGAGGCGUGAUUUCUUUUCGUCGUUAAAUCGAAUAAUAAGGCCAUAAUAAAGAAUAAUUUACGGUAUAAAUUCGAAACGGCCUUCGCUCAAAGGCAGACGCCAACCUCCCCCUCCUCAAAAAAAAAAAAAAAAAAAAAAAACGAGAAUCGGACGAAACCCAAAAGCAAAGCAGGAGGAGCUGCCGUCCGCCGAAACCAGGAGCAAAGCGAAGGCCAGAAUAACGAAAGCGAGCCCCGAAAAGCGAGGAACAAAGCCGAAGCAGAGCAGACGCCGCCCAACAACUUCCUCGGGUUUGUUUAUGUUCUUCUCGAGGCUCAAGCGAGACACCGUGUCCCACCGAGGAAAAACCCGGCUAAUAAAUCAACCCCUGGACGAAAUGCAGAUCCGACCGCUCCAAUAGAUCAGAAUUUAAUCGAACAUCCAUUGACAUAGCCAACACGAUUUAUGUAAGGUUGCUACGAUUCCGAAAUAACAGCCCGAACACGAUAGUCUCUCGCGUGAUGUUGUCAUCCGGGAGGCUCACCUGCGCGUGGAGAGUCGAAGGAGAUUCAAAUACCUGGCAUGUGGUAGACUUGAGGAUGAACCUGCGUUACCGUGUUAGCCGUCGCCAACGCAGCAGCCCUGUUAGCAGCAACAGCAGCAACAGUGGUGGUGGGGGCGGAGGAGGAGGCGGUAACAGCAGGAUCCACCACCGUCGCACGCCACUCUCGCCCGCUCCACCCCGAGCCCUCUCCGCCAGCCGGCCACUCAAGUCUCCGGUCAGAGUUCCGAGAUCUCACCGAGCGGUCAAGAAGUCUGGCCAUACUUUUGAGGAACAAAAUGAGAAUCUAGUGGUCUCCCCUGCUCAGUACAACAGUGUCGUCAAUAUAACGGUAUCUCAGCACACACCCCUGCGUGCCCGGCGCUAUCCCAACAAGUACUCUAAGUGCAGCGUCAGUUCUGCAGCUCCAGUCGUUGAUUCGGAUAACAACAUUGUGUCUACGAAUUUGCUCAAACCGAGGCCCCUUAGAGUUAGCAAGCGGCAGAACGAGUCUCCAGCAGACUAUAAACCUCACUCCCCCAGACGUGCACAUAACCGUCAUCAUCACAUCUCGCAUCUCCCCGAAGCAUCAAAGAUGUUGAAGGAUGUACAAGAAAUGAAGAAUUCAGCAAUGGACACAUCCCUGUUUUCGCCUGUAUAUUCAGUGGACUCUGCCCCUCCAUCACUCUCCCCGGCUCUGUCUGUGGAGGAUGCCUACCCAAUCGAGCGUGUCCAGGAGGAGUUGGAGGAAGAGGAGGAUAAGGCCAGCCUAGAGGGGCGGCUCUGUCAGGAUGCCUCACGGGGCUCCGAGCUUACUCCACUCUCCACGCGGAUCCAGCUCGACAUUCCGCACAUCCUCGAUCCCCCCACACCAGACUCUCCUCAAGGUCUUGAUCCUGAGGAGGCUGACAUGAUGAUUGCGCAAGUCUCCCAGUGUGCAGUGCAGGAAAACAAGGAAAAUUAUGAGGCUGGAGGGACGUACGAGACCUCCUGCGAUGAAGGGUAUGAGGAGUGGGAGGCUUUCGACCCAUACUUCUUCAUCAAACACCUGCCUCCUCUCACCCCUGAGAUGCGUGCCAGAAAUCCAGCGUUGCCUCUGAAAACACGAAGCUCGCCAGAGUUUACCCUCGUCUUAGAUCUGGACGAAACAUUAGUACACUGCAGCCUUCAAGAGCUUGAAGAUGCAACACUCAGCUUCCCGGUGGUGUUCCAGGAUGUCAACUACCAGGUGUUCGUGCGUACACGACCUUUCUUCAGAGAGUUUCUCGAGCAUGUGUCACAAUUGUAUGAGGUCAUCCUGUUCACUGCCAGCAAGAAGGUGUAUGCAGACAAGCUCAUGAACUUGCUAGACCCACAGCGCAAGUGGAUCAAGUAUCGGCUGUUCCGUGAGCACUGUGUCUGCGUGCAGGGCAACUACGUCAAGGAUCUCACCAUCUUGGGCCGAGACCUUUCCAAGACCAUAAUCAUAGACAACUCGCCGCAAGCAUUUGGUUACCAGAUCAACAAUGGAAUACCCAUUGAGAGCUGGUUUGUGGACAAGGAAGACAGAGAGCUGCAGAAGUUAGUGCCCUUCCUGGAGUCCCUGGUCGACAAGGAUGACGUUCGGCCCUUCAUUCGUGAGAAGUACAAACUGGAGACAUAUCUGCCACCAGAUUAAGUGUCGCCUUUCUGCAGACAACAGACUCGUAUUUGAUAGUAGUACAAUAGGUCCACACUGUAAAGUUUCUUUUGAUUCUUUUGUCACUUCAGUUAUUAUUACAACAUUGUUACCAUUAUUAAUAUUUUGCAUUUUAUUAUGUUGACAUAUUCAUCUUUAAUUGGUUUAUCUUUUUUUUAUUAUUAUAUAUAUAUUUUUUUUUUUUUCUUUUUUUAUUGUUAUUUUUUUCUCCCUCCCCACACAAGUCAUGCACAACUUUUAGUAAGAUGUGUUUGAGAAUCUGCUAAAACUGUGUUACCAGUGAAAUCUUCAGUGAAAAAUGUGACAGAAAACAUGACACAAGUGCAGUUAAAAAGUAUUAACACAUGACCAAGAAUAUCCCAAAUGAUUCUUCAUUUGCCCUGGAGGAAGUGACUUCUAGUAACUAUGCAUUAAGAGCAAGACAAAAAGCAGAGAUGGACUGAAUGAGAGUGCAGAAGUUGGAAAAGACUUUGCAGGGUCAGGCAAACAAACAAAAUGAGACAGAAAAAGGACAAGAAAAAUGAACAAAUAGAAAGUGUGGAUUAGCAGAGACAAAUGUUAUAUAUCUUGAUAUAAUUUGGUAACGUGUAAAUAGUGGCGUGGAUGCAGGAAACACUACAUGCAUCUAAUGCAGAGUCCGAGACACUAGCCAAAGAGCCUCCAAAUAGUGCUCGAUAGUACCAUUUAUCCCGUAAUUUUAAAGUUUUUUCCAGUGGCCCUCGCGGAGUUGGCAUUCAGUGCUCAUAGACUAAGACUUGAGGCUUGGAUGUUCUCCAGCUGAGUGCUGUGAACAUGUAGAGUAAACUAAGAAUAUGCAUGUCAAAAAAUAAAUCAUUAGCUUAUAUUAAACAUAUUAAGGUGUAUUUGAGAAGGGAGAUACAUUCUGUAUGUAAUUCAUCACUGCUUCUUAGAGUCCAUCCCACAGUCACCCUCUCAUGUAAUCCAUGCAUAUACGUAAACAUGAGGUACAUAUGUGAAUAAGUGUGUGUAUGUAUGACUUGAUUUAUACAUGCAAUCACCCUUUUGUUAGUAAGUACACACUUGUUUUUUCCCCAUUUAUAUCUGUGUGUAUCUUGCGUAGACCAGGUCAAACUGGUUAUCUUUUGCAUCUCAAUUUUCACUGGUCUUGUUCACAGAUAUUGUUUGUGUACCUGCUCUUUGAUAAACUCGUUGCAUCUUCUCUAACUUCCCUCUGUCUGCCUAAAGCUGGAAGCAAAAUCACACACACGCACACCUGUCAGUAGCUUUGAAUUUUCUUUUCUUUUCUUUCUUCCUUUUUCUUUUUCUUUAAUCCCACCACUGUACAAAUUCAAAUCUCAUUCUUUUCAAACCUCCUCUGCCUUCUCUCUUGUGGCUCUCCCUCCACAGAAACCUUCACCGGGUCUUAAAUACAUAUCUUGGAAUUGUGACUUCCUCUCCCUUCUGCCACAGUAGCUCCCUGCCCUAUAGUCCAUUUGUAGAGCCAGCGUGUUUUUAAAUGGGAAUCUCACGUGCUUUGAGUAACGGGGAAGUCACCUAACCCGCUUCGGCCCAUCAAACCCCCCAACCCCUUUUUCACAUUUCUUUGCUCGCUCUCUGAUCUAGUCUCUUUGUUAAUCACAGAGCCUGCAGACUCUUAGUGUCUUUGCAAAACAUUAUUGGCCAGUAGAUUGCUUGAAAGAAAGUGCAUAAUUAUAUGGUUGGGUGAAACUGUGGUCGAAAGGAGGGAGAAGGUUGGAGGGUUCAGGAGGCCUGGAAGAGAGCUUGGAGGAGGAAGGGGGGGAGGAGGAGGGGUACGAGUAUGAAGAAAGUGGAAUGAAUAAAAGAGAAUAUCUAAAUACAUCCAUAAAUAGAUAAAUGAUUAUAUAAAUUUCAUGUAAGAUUAAGAAUAAUAAUUUAAAGAGAGAUUGACAGUUACCAAAGUCAGUUUUCAAAUUGUACAUAAAGUUAAUUUACAUUGAUAAUAGUAAUAAUAAUUAUAGUAAUUACUACAAUUAAAAUAAAAGUAAUGAAUCAAGAUUCCUUUUCAUUGACAAAAACUAUUUUUUCUGCCAAUGUCUCUUAACACCAGUUUAUGCUUUCAUUCUUGAAUUUUGAUUCGUGUAUAAGCCUGUAUAUAUAUGCAUCAUUUAUGUAUGUACAUUUGUAUGUAUAUGUAUAUGUAUGUUCCACAUUUCAUGUACUGUAACUCACAAAAGUGUCAUUGAAACAGUCAGAUGAAGUUAGAAGUGUUAAAGAAAUUUCAAGUUACUGUAUAGAUGAGUUUCUAAAAGUCUAUAGGCUCACACUUCAUUGAAAGCUUGAAACCAUUCUCAAAGUGUUUUUGAAGUUUGACUUCAGUGCUAAAAGCAUAAGUUAGAGAAUGCAAUGGAAUAAACAGGCAACAUAGGUUUCCAUUGAUAAGUAGCUACAGAGUAUGUGAUAGAAGGAACAUAUGAAUUAAUGUUAUGGAAAGUUUUAUCAGAUGUCAUUUUUUAUGAAGGCUUUCAUAUGUAUUGAUCAGUUUUACAAAUUGUAUGAGAACAGAUGCUUCUGAUUGUAGGGGCUUAGUUGUAAAUAGUAAAGAAUUAUAUUAUGUAGGAGUUCGUAGUGAAUUUAGAAGUGGUUAAUUUGGCUCUGUUUGGGUAUCUAUAUGAUUUUUUGUUUCUUCUUCAUUCUUUCUGUCUCCCUUGUGCAGUUUAACAGUUGAUUUCCGCAUGAAGGAAGGAGGGGAGUGAGAAGUCCUUCUGCCAUCCAAAUUGAGGCACAUAAGAUUGGAGCAUGCAUCACCAUCCAGCAUAAAUUUCUACCUCAAGGAAAGAAGAAACUAAACUGGAAUAAAUAGGCUAUGUCCAGGAGUAUUGUUCAGUGGAAUACUCACAAAGGAAAUCAUUAUAUUAUCAUUUACUUUGUUUGUGAGGAGUUCAAGCUUCUCCAAUGUCUGCUUGAGUUUGGAGGCUUGUGGGGAAAGGUUGAAUGAUAUCUGUGCAGGAAGUUGACUGCUAUUCUCAAGUUUUUAUUCAUGAUUGGGUAUUGUCUUUGUAAAACACAAGCAUACACAAAUACUCAAACUUACACACGUAAGCUUUUACCUUUUUGAAAACAGGUUGGUAUAGCUUGACUAACCAAAACGUACAAAGAGAUAACAAGUAUCUCAGAUCAUUUCGUUAGAACAAAUCAUUUAAAGGUUUGUUUAUGGAACAGGUUUAUUAUAUGAUACUGUGUUUCUUCUAUUGCACAAAUUAACUUGAAAGGUAUCAGAUAUCAGUGGAUUGUUAUAUACAUAUAUUUUUUUAUUUGGAUAAUGCUACACAGAAAAGUAUUAUAAGGGCAGGUUACAUUCUCUUGUACAUAGUAAGAAACACAGGAUGGUCUUUGCGAGGUGCAGCUUCCUUGACAAGAGAUCUGAAUAAAGUUUUCUCUCGGCCCAACAGAUAAAAAGGGAAGGACAUUGUCAAGUAAUUAUUUUUUUUGUCAUUAAUUGUGACUUCUGGUCAGAACUAAGGAAGAGAGAAUUUUUUAGUUAAGAAAAAUGGAUAUUCAGAAAAAAAAUAUUAACAAAGUAAGUGCUUUUAAACUGUGUGCAGGUCUUGUUUCAUUUAUUUGUUUUCUUUGAGAUAUACGCACUGUUGAAGGUAGUUGGUGCUAAUGGUCAGAACACAAGUGUUUUUGCACCGUAAGGAAUGCCAGUCUGCAUUUUGUUUUUAUAUGUGCCAAGCAUUUAGUUUUUAUUCAACUUUUACUUGAAGACUUUUGUUUGUUUUUUUACUUUUGUAACUGUGACUGUUAUUACUCUUUCAUUAAUAUUAUUAUGUGAAUAAUAGUAAAGAGAGAAGUAGCAACAAAUUCAUGGUACAUUAUUAUGAUUUCACUACUUCACUAGUGACAGCACGUGUUUUAUCUUACCAGAAAUUGGUAUUUAGUAACUCUAAAAUGUUUAUUUAGAAUACACUUGUUAUUCUUUGUUAUUAUGAGUUAUUGGCCUUUAGGUUGCAGAAGUUGCAUGCACUGCUUUUGAACUUUGUUGAUUCUCCUUCCUAAUCAGAAUAUAAUUCAGUUUGCAGUUAUACAGUUAUACUAUAUUCUGUUUUCUUGUUUUUUAUAGGAACGUUUUUACGUACUGUUUAACAUAAUUUUUUGAAGAUGGCUUCAAAGGAACCAUAAUCCCAAAUUAUAUCACUACAGUUUUGUUAACAAAUGAAUUUUAAUAAUUUGCGUCUAGAAGUCUAUAUUUUGUCAUAUUUUCAUACAUAGAAUAUAUGGUAUUAUUUUAUUUAAGUUCAUUUGGAGACAUGUAUGCGUGUGCAUGCACACAUAUAUAUACAUACAUACAUAUAUACAUACAGGCAUACAUACAUGCAU